UCAGCUAUCUAACCAAGUGUUCAUUGAUCUGUAUCUGUGAGCGCUUUGCAAUGGUUCGCACAGUCUGGACAUCAUCUCUUACAGGACGCUGUAUUCUCCACCUAAACUCUGUCUUAGAAAGAGGUUUCUGGCCUGGGAACAAAGGGCUUUGUAUUGCUGCUGUGAUUUUUGCCUUAAGUGUGUGUCCAUGCAGAAGUUAACGUGUUGUGCAGUCUUACAUUUACCUAAUCCCAGCAACUUCCACCCGACCAUUUCUUCCCCCGUACUUGUGCUUGACAUCUGCCUUCUUAUGUGUUGAAAUAACAGAAGUAUCAGGGGUUACCAGUGGGUGAGGAAUGGCUUCCCAGGCAGAAACUCAAGCCCCCUGCACUGCAGUUUCCCAUCUCACAGCAGCUCUGGCUGCUGGCAUUGGAGGAGAGAUGUGUGGUGCCUUUUGGUUUACAACAGUUUGUCAGGCAGGGUUUCUGUCUCCGGGCUGGAGGAGAUGAGUGGUCUCUGCACAAUCAAUCAGCCUGAUGCAGGAGGGAGGCUUGCGCUGGACAGGGAAUUAUUUGGGGCCGUGCGAGUUAACUCUGCAGUUAGCUCAAGCCAUGGGCAUGAAACGUGCACAGCAUUUUACUGGGCAAAAAAGGGAGGCUCAUUAGCAAUCUGCAUUUGGCUAAUCAGUUUUAAUCCUAGUAAUGCUGAAUGCUGGCUAUAUUUCCUGCAACUGAGAGAGCUAAUGGCUAACUUAUUUAGUCCUUGCUGCUCAUAUAUCUUGGCUAAUGUGCUGUUCUGUCCUUCUUUCAGUGGUAACAAUUCCACUAUCUGAAAUUUGGCCCUUUUCCUUGCACCCCUUGCCUGUGAAUUGUGUUUAUAAGGUGGGCUGUAGUAAAGACCUAAGAGUAAACUUGUGUCUUUUCUCUCCAGCCUUCUCCUAAUGCCGGUUUUUCAUGUCCACACAUGCAGAACCCAGUCGUAUUAGAACUCCCGUCCGUACCCGUGCCUAUAUCAAGUAGGAAACGCUUUCUCUAGCAUCCAACAUGCUCUUGGCAUUUAAUUAACUAUUGCUGUUGUGUGCGCCAUUACAAAAGGACUCUUGUACUGUAGUUGGAUCUUUUGAAGCCCUGGUGGGCUCAGCUCCAUUGCCUUUGCAUUGCGAAGGCUUUUUCCGUUAUUUGGGAAAGACAUCUCCAAGGGGAAGUGAAUUAUUUGUUUCGGAUUAGUGAAAAUACCCAUCUAUUUCUGAUGGUUUUUUUUUAUCUACUUUUCCCCGGACUGCAGCAUUUUCUGGAGCAGACUUGUUAUGGGAAAUUGCAACUCCACCCUAUAAUUUUAAGGCUUGGGGAGGGAAGAAGGGUGGAGCUGAUGAGAUUUAAGAUUUUGAACCUUUCCACCUACUCCUGAGAAGUUGUGAUCAGAUUCCUGUUAUGGUUGUGACUACUGGGAGCUAAGUCACUCUUCUGCUCUCUUUGAAAUGCAAAGGAAUAAAUAAUUCGAGUGGAUCUUGCACUGUGUUGUCUUAACACUGUAAAAUCUAAUGUUUGAUCUUUGGGAUUCUCCCCUCACCACCACUUAGUUGUCUUGUAUUAAAAAUCCAGUAUGCCUGCUCCUCCCACCCCCUAUUUUACUGGGCACCUCAGCAGAUGUGAAAUUGGUAUGUUACUGUUUUUCCCUGGAAGAGAUGGAAACGCCUAUAGAUGGAAAGAAGACUGAGGGAAUAUUCAACACUGCAUAUGAAUAGGCUCAAAGAAAAGAUCCAGGAUUGCUUCAGUCCCUCUCAUCAAGUCCCUGUCUGUAGCUAGACAUGCUUGGGUUAGAGCAGCAGGAAAUCUUUCCACCUCCCUCCUUAGAUAUUAAUUCUGAGCAAACCACAAAUCACUUUAAACUGUCAAAGCAAACCUGUAACAUCAUUUUUUUGAAAACCAAGCUGUGUUAAUCCAUCUAGUAAAUAGUAAGAAGCUGGUAAUUUCCACUUCACAGCUAUAAAGCUGCUGUCUUCCUCGCUCCCUUCUCCUCUCCCUCAGCAGCUUCUGUUGUGGAGUCUGAUCAUUUCUUGCAUGGUAGAUGGAAAAUCUGGGAGGGGUGAGAGGAUGAAGGGAGGGGAGGGACAGGCAGUGUGCGAGCAAGAGACGGGACUGUGAGUGGAGCAGCAAGCGUGGAGCUUGCUGGCAUCAGACAAAGCACUCUGCUGCAGCUCUCUGCAAGGACACAUGAUCACUUGGUAAAAGGCCACAGCUGCCGGGCUGCUUCCAGACCUGGAAUUGGAUAGAUGGUGGGGAAGGAUGGAGUCCACGGACCAGCAGGAUCUUGCUGCAUAAAUUCCAGGGUUAGAUGCUGUCCUUCUGCACAGGCUGCGAUACAGAAGGGAGAUAGGAGCCUUUGGUGAUCUCUGCCUCUUGGGCGCUGCAGCAUGCAGUAGAAAGACUGGCCGGCACCGUACAUCUCACCGAUGACCACAGCUUGCUUGGAAGAGGAGCGUUCCUGUGGACCAGUGCAGCGGGAUCCCUGACCCUGAGGUUUUUCAGAUAACAGUGAGCUCUGCAUUGUGCAGCCAUUGCAGUGGGGUGGGAGUGGGAAGGAUGGCUUAGACUGUGCACAGUUGCAUCAAUUGACCAAAAGGCUCAAAGAAAACACCUGUGAUUUCCUGGUCGUCUUUAUUUUGAGUAAUGCCCUUGAAAGACAACUGCACCAGGAAGCCUGAGGAAUCCUGCAUGUCUCGCAUACCAAAUCCUCCGAGCCAGAUGCAAAGGAAGUCUCUGAACUUUUCUUGCUAUCUCUAACACCUGAAGUCUUGAUAAAGGAAAGUAACAAGUUUGCUAGACUCUCUUCCCAGGGGUUGAGGAAGGGGAGAGCCAGUCCAUGGGCUCCUGUAGGGUGUUCUGAAAAACAUCUCGUUUAUCAAAGGCUGUAAAGAGUUGCCAGGGCAUGUCUCGGACUUGAGCUGCUGCAGGAAGAAGGGAGUGUGUGGGUAUAUGCUUUGAAGCACCCCCCUCUCGCCCUCUUUCUUUUGUUUCUGUUUUUGUUUUUGUUUUGGCUUGGUUUUGGAGCAAGGGACUGAAAUGCCUCCUUCCCCAGAGCUGCUUUCCCUUUGACUGAGGGGCUCAGACAGCUGGAUCUGUGCUCAAAUACAGAAAAUGAAGGAAGGGCAAAUCCGAGCCUGUGCCAAACACCUGGCAGGACUGAACACAGUGGGUGAAAAAUGUGCUGAUUCCUCUUUAUCUUUCGCUCCCAUCCAGCGCUGCCGUGUAGUUAGCUGCUCCAGGCUAGAUGCGGAAUCUGGUUCCCAGCCCAGUGCAGUCAGAGCAGCCUGCCGGGAUGUCAUGCCUCUGGACAGGUUCGCGGAUGUUGGAGCAGAGCGUUGGGGAGUGGCUGGAGUCCAUCGGCCUGCAGCAGUACGAGAGUAAGCUCCUUCUGAAUGGCUUUGACGAUGUCCGCUUCCUGGGCUGUAACGUCAUGGAGGAUCAGGACCUCCGGGAGAUUGGUAUCACUGACCCGCAGCACCGCAGGAAACUUCUCCAAGCGGCGCGUUCCCUUCCCAAGGUAAAACCUCUGGGUUGCGAUGGGAACAGCCAGCCAUCAGUUCCUGCCUGGCUCGACUCUUUGGGGCUUCAGGACUACAUCCAGUCCUUCCUGUCGAGUGGCUACAGCUCUAUUGACACUGUGAAAAACCUCUGGGAGCUGGAGUUGGUGAAUGUGCUGAAAGUAAAUCUGCUUGGCCAUCGGAAAAGGAUCAUCGCCUCUCUGGCAGACAGGCCUUACGAGGAGCCGCCGCAGAAACCACCACGCUUCUCGCAGCUGAGAUGCCAGGAUCUGAUGUCCCAGACGUCGUCGCCCCUGAGCCAAAACGACUCGUGCACGGGCAGGUCUGCAGAUCUCUUGCUGCCUUCUGGAGAUGCUGGGAAGAGGCGACAUGACAGUGGCCAUGAAGUCACCUCUUAUCCCAGAGCUGACAGAUACAAAGCACAGGAGGAGCGUCGUGAGCCAAAGCUGACUCUUCGCCCCCCCAGCCUAGCAGCACCCUAUGCUCCUGUCCAGAAUUGGCAGCACCAGCCCGAGAAGCUCAUCUUCGAGUCCUGCGGGUACGAGGCCAAUUAUUUGGGCUCCAUGUUGAUCAAAGACCUUCGUGGGACAGAGUCUACACAGGACGCCUGUGCCAAGAUGAGGAAAUCGACGGAGCACAUGAAGAAGAUCCCAACCAUAAUAUUAUCCAUCACUUACAAAGGGGUGAAGUUCAUUGAUGCGUCUAACAAGAACGUUAUUGCUGAGCACGAAAUCCGGAACAUCUCCUGUGCUGCCCAGGACCCCGAGGACCUCUGUACAUUUGCCUACAUCACCAAGGACCUGCAGACCAGCCACCACUACUGCCAUGUCUUCAGCACUGUGGAUGUGAACCUGACGUACGAAAUCAUCCUGACGCUGGGGCAGGCCUUUGAAGUCGCAUAUCAGCUGGCCCUGCAAGCCCAAAAAGCGAAACCUCUGGGUGCUUCAGCAGGAGAAGUGAUCGAAACGAAAUCUUCCAAACCGGUGCCUAAGCCUCGCGUCGGCAUGAGGAAGUCCGCAGUGACGCUCCCUCCCGAUAGUCGCUGUUGUUACUGUCACACCUGUACUACGCACCGUCCCUCCUAUCUGCCGCUGCAGUCUGUUAGUCAAGGAGCUAAGCUGGAGCCAUCUGAAGUGGACCAAGACUCCCAGUCUCAUGCCAGUGUUUCCUGGGUUGUGGACCCCAAACAGGAAUCCAAGAGGACCCUCAGCACUAAGUAUGAGACCACUAUCUUCUAAAUCACACACACACACACGCACACAACCCUGUGUCCACCUAGUCUAACCGUGCCUUUGCGAUCUGAUCUGUCUGCUGUUCUAAACUCCCUCCCUCCAGCUGCUGGCACUGAGUCCCACCUCUAGGCACUACUCCAUCAGAAGCAGCAGCAGCAGCACUAGGAUACUGUAGACUAAACGGCUUUUGUACCUGAUCACUCCUGAACACUGUGAAUUCUCCUUACUCGGAAACAAGGGUAACACGCUGAGAGAGUGCCAUGUUUAGAUCCCUGUGAGGUGGGAGAUGCAGAGGGUUGCAGGCGGCAGGAGUCUGAGAUGUGGAUCCAGGAAGCUGCCUGCCGUUUCCCCUCUUCCCCCUCGCUCUGGCACUGUGAAUCUCUGGGGCGACGUGACACUCCCCAGGCUUUUUAUAUGUACCGUUCUUAUGCUGGGACUGUUCAGAGCUCUGUCUCCGAGGUGCACGCACGCGCUCGCUCUAGAUUCUCUACUUCCAGACUGAGCCACGGCUGCGUACUGUUUCAACAAACUGUCUCCCCUCUUUUUUACCUGUCAUCUGAAUGGACACUAACCACUGUGAUCCUGUGCAAAUAACACUCGCUAGAUUUCCUCGCAUGGAUCCUACACACAAUCUCUCUCUCUCGCUUUCCCUUUCUUCCUUCCCCCUGCCCCCAGCCUGAAGCCUUGUGUUGGAAACCUGCCUGUGCAGGUUGAUGGGAGAGCGGGUCUGGGUUUUGGGGCUGUUCCCACUGUCCUUUGACCCAUAUUGGAAACUGGGGUUGGUACAGAAAGGAAGUGCCCAGCAGGGGCUUUUCGGCCGCCCACCACACUAGAGCUAGCUGUAUUUCAUCCUCGUGUAGGAUGGGCUCCAGGGCCCUUAUGUUUGCGCUGACCAAAUUGCUGUGAGCUACUGGCUUAGUUCUUGCUUUUCCAACUGUAAAUGAGUUGAGCUUAUUUUUUUAAGGCUCAUGUCAUGAAUCCUGUACUGGGAAGGGGUAUUUCUGGGGUUGGGAGGAGGGUUUAAAGGAUGUUGUUUGACCAAAACAGGCUGAGGGGCCAGGAGCUUUGCUGUGCUCAGCAGGUUCCCCGCAUUUUUAGCUUUCUUCCUGCCCAAGGGGGAAAUGUGAUCCCAGCGAGUUCUGCCAAUCACAAGGCUGUUUUCAGUCUAUUACAUAUUGUACAAUGAGGGCUAUGGAAAUCCCACCUCCUUGCCCCCAGACAUCAGGGCCCUGCUUGGGGAUGGCUUGAGGUACAUGGGCAUCCUAGGUGGAGACAGGAUCCGGCAUCUUUCCCUUUUCUCUUCCCUCUGUCUCCCUGUGAGUGAGUGUGUGUGCGCUUCCUUCCCCAGUCAGUGUCCUCUCUGACUCUGCAGUGGCUGCCUGUAGUUCCUGAACGGGACUCUCAACCCUUUGCACCUGAAACGGCAGGGCAUUUGCUGCACAGGACAGAGAAGGGCAGGGCUGUGCUUUGGAGGAAAGGCUUGGUGAACCACAGAGAUGUUCGGAGCAGCUUGCUAGUGAGAAAACAUGGCAAUAUGAACACUGUUCAGAGGUGCCUCUGUGAGUUCCUUGCCUAAUGCCAGCUCUGAUUUAUGUUUCGCCCACACAACGAGGCUCACCGAAAAGAUGAAACUGAGGAGGAAGCAUGGUCCAGUGAUCACGCAGGUCUGGGAGUUGUUCUAUUCCUGGUUCUGCCGCUGCCUUGCUGUGUGACCAAGUCACUUAACCUCUCUUUACCUCGGUUUCCCCAUUUAAAAAAAGAUGGGGAUCAUACCUACCUCACAGGGGUGAUGUGAGGCUUAAUCCAUUGCAAAGCAAUUUGAGAUCCUUUUGUGUAAGACACUGUGACUUCCAAGUAGUGGCAGUAACUCAGUACGCUCAAGUUCACUCUCCUGACACACAGAGUACCCGACACAAAGGGUAGAAGCGCAGGGAAGAUGGAUCUUGGCUCCUGACCAGCUUUCAUUAGGCAGAGCCUAUAAACAGCUUGUCCCCUUCACAGGGCAACAGCUGAAUAGGUGGGUCUGUGUUAGGGCACCAGCUCAGAGUGGAUGGUGAUCACAGCGCUGUGAUCUUGGGCUAGUUACAAGCGUACAGAUUUCCAUAUAUUUUGCACUGUUUGCCGAAUCUGCUGUAGGAGGCCCAGCCCUGGGGGAGCUGGCAGGGGACAGGUGACAGGUACUGGGAAGAUGCCUGUAUAAGAAGCUGGGGACAGCUACGGUGCUCUCCCUGACCCGGUUGUGAAGACUCUGUCCUGAGCAUCUUAAAAUUCCUCUCUCCCCCUUGUCGUCUUCUCCAGAUUUCUCUCCCCAGUAACUCCCGGCAUUUCCAAACUGCCUGUUGAAACUUAUCUCUAAUUUUUCCUAAGCAAGUGCCAUUUACUGAUGCAAAUUGGUUAUUUAGAGCUGGUAACCUGGGUACCAAGUCUUUUUUUGAGUAUCCUCAUGGCAGCAACUAACCAUUCGGGAGGUUGGACCUCAGACACAGCUGAGCAUAGUCCAGUGCAGACUGUGGGAUGGCUUCUGCAUUUUUGCAUCGGUCUGUCUUCCCCGCUCCCACCCCUAAAACUACAUUAGAAUCUGAUGUUUCUCAAUCUUUUGCUGGCUCUUUCUCAGGAAUGUACCUAGCUUCCCCAUCUCUAGGGCCGUCGCAUGACAGUGCUUCGUGUGACAAACUACUGAGAGUUCAGAAAUAAGGGCCUGGCUAGUUUGUAUCCAAGUAAGAGGGAUAGGAGGAGGAUAGUUAUUAAAGCACAAAAAAAAAAAAAAGGAAGCUGUCUGGCACAUAGAUUUAAUGUGUCACACACCACUGGCCCUGUGCUAAGAGGUUUCAUGUACAGAAAUGAAAGAAUUCUUGCCCUGGCGAUGGUGUUCGGAUUGCCCAAAACAUCCGCUGUCAUUACUGGAAGUUUUUGUGUUUUGCUGUACAGUACUGCAGUAUUUUAAGGGCUACUGCAGUAGAUAGUUUUGAGUUUGGUAUCCUGGCCUGGAAUCUUUCCUGGCAGUGAAUAGUGCUCUGAAAUCUUUCUUCGUACAGCUCAAAAGAGAGGUUGAACUGAGGAUAUGUUUGGUAGGAUAGCUCCUACUUCUACGAGUUUACCAUUAGUUACAACUGCCCACAUAUAGGCCUGAUUCUUCAGAGGCUGCGUCCCUGUAACUCCCGCUGUUUUCAGCUGGGAAUGGCAGGGUCCUUGGCAUCUCUGGGAGUUGGGCCAGUAGCGCAUGUGCCUUUUAAUGAUGAACAUCCAAAGCCAGGUGGCAUCAAAGCAGCCCUGUCUGAGCCAGAGCUUUGCUGCGUCUAAUGCCCCCAAGUUUGUGCCCCUGUUACUGCCCAUCUCCGGCUCAGACAUCCCCCUUGGCAGUGGUUUUUACAUGACUCAUAAGUAACGUAUUUCCAUUUUUUUUUGCUUUCUGUUAAUGUUGUCCCCCAUUCUGUUUGCCUCUGCAAAGCUGAUCCACAGGCAGCUGUGUUCUACCAUGGAAAUGUAGUAACUGGGCAGAGACCUAAGAAGCAGUGGCACGUCGACGUGAAGAAGAUCUCCACCUGGCACUGGUGUCUGCCUCUGAAUAUAGUCUGGCUGCUCAGUAAGGGCUUCCAAAGCUGAGAGGGUGGGGGAAGGGAUCCCAAGUGACCAGCUAACAAAAGCAGCUCCACAUUUCUGGCACAGGAGAUUGCUGAUGUCAAGGGAGUGAUGCCAUGUUUUCUAGUUUGAGACCAACUUUUUUUUUUAACCACUGUUCCUUUUUACAUGCCAUGAUAUGAAGUGAAUCAAGUUCACAAGUCACAUGUAGCAUAUUGCAAUUAUUUUGGAUGGGAGGGGUGGGGGGAGCGAAUCCUUAUUUACUAAGAGAAUCCACACGGUACCGUCGUCUCCUGCGCUGAGUAGAUGAAGUCUUAGCAAUGGGGCCAGGAUGCAUCUCUAAUGGUACUUAAAUUACUUCAGUUCUGGGCGUGCAGCAAUGAAUGGUAACCACGUUUUGGACACAGUAAUUUAUGGCAGGUGAGGAAGCUUGGCUGGCUGGAUUUUCUCUCACUUUUUAAGUCACUCCAAGCCCAGAAGUGGGGGGAUGGAUGUAGUUCAGUAAAACGGCCCGCAAAGGAUCGGUAACCCUAGAAUGGCAGAUGCCCAGUGUAACCGAUGGUACAAAGCCUGCUCUUGCUACAGAGAACUGUUGCAUUGCAGGACUCGACAUUUUUACGGUGAAAAGGGCUCAGUCUCUUUCCAGGGGUUCAUUAACUCGCUGAAUGACAGGUGCUUGUUUCUUCCUACAGCCUGUCCUGCAUCCUCCGCAUUUGUUAAAUGCAGCUAUGCCUAGCGGGGUUGGAUUUUUUAACAUGUAUUCGAUUGUAAUUUAGCACUUUUUGACUCUAGCUCAUUAUUUAAUUAGUGAACCAGGGUUUCAGAGUACGAAUAAAAAAGGAGUUCAGUUCUGGGCACUGUGCCGAAACAGUCUGUUCAGGACAGUAAAUCCGAACAACCCAAGGGUGGCAGAUUUUAAAUCAAAGUGUUACAUUCCCAAACACCGUGCAUCAAUUUUGAAGGUGCUGUGUACUUAUGCUUCAUUCAGACUACCAGAGUAUUUAACAGUGGUUUUGACUGUGACUAUAUGAACAAAUAGCUUUGCAGUACUCUCUCCAUCUGGACCUUGUUGCCGGGGAGAGGUGGUAACAGAGAAAGACAAGGAGUGCUGCACGGUUGCCGUGGUCUGACAGACGUGAUGGUCUAGGAUGUGGUGCCCUGCUGCUUUAUUAGAACGAUACGUCCUAAUGAAGUGUCUUUCAACUCCAGUUGCUGCUGCACGUCUGGAUUUAAUUUAGUCUCAUCCCAGCUGAUGGUAAGGCUGAGAGAAGCAAACUGUAAUCCCAAGGGCAUAGACCUGUAAAUGAUUAGCAGGUGGAAGUCGAGACAUUUGUUAAGUUGAUGAAUUUAGGAAACCUAACAUUCCUUGUUACACAUACGUGGCAGUUCAUGCUGAUGUAACUGUAAAUAUUCAGUGUUUGGCCGCACAGUCAGUUUGGAGAGAUUGCAAAUUGAACCUCUGCCUGGGAGGAAGGUGAGCUUUUUUUCUGAUGCAUGAGCUUUUGAGGUUGGCUAGAUGCAGAAGUGGUGAUGAAGACUCCAAAUUUGCUGUUGUCUUCAGUGACCCAGCAGCCCCCAAUGCAGUUUUCUAGCCAGAUCUUCCUUUUCUUAGUUGCUAGACGUGACAGUAGCUUUGGCCAUUCAUCUCCCUUUCGGUUUGGUACAGUUUUCAAGGUACUUGCCUGCUGGCGGCUCUCAUCCUGGACCCUGCCUCUUCCCAGAGUUCUAGUGACUGCCACUGCCCUGGUACUUUGCCAUUUGUGCAGUAUUCCGGCUCUUGCCUUCAUACAGGGUUUUUCACAGUAUCAAUUUCUGGUGCUGAAUGUGAUUUUUAAUGCUAAACACUGCACCUGCAACAAGGUAGUAUCAGCCUUUUGCUUCACUUUUCUUCCUGUUUUCAAAGAGCAGAUUGUAUUGUAGAGACUCGUAGAUGGUCUGGGUCCAGCCUGAGAGCUCUAGCUAGAUGCUAAGACUAAUUGUUGUCCUUUUUAGUAGCAAGGGGGCAGAGAUCACUGUGUAUCAAAUUAAAGCUGCACUAUUCUUUUUUUUUAUUAUUCUGUAUCUACUAAGAAUGCUAAUGUCAGAGGUUCGGCUCUGUCGUUGGUCUUGCUUUGGGACUGUUCAUCCUAGAAGAAAGGAACAUUUGGGAUCUGGGUGCUUUGUGGAGCUGCAUUCCAACUUCCUCCCCUAGAGAGAGUUAUAUAGCAUCUUCAUGGAUGUGCUUCUAAUUUUUUUUUAAAAAAGCUCAGCCGGAGUCUGGCUGUGACAUACAGACCAGACACCAAAUGGUACCUCUGACCAUUUCUUUUUUCUGUAUCUGUGAAAAUGAAGUAGGUUUAAUUGCAUUUACACUCCCCCUGCAUCCCCAACCCAUUUCAGAUUCCUCAGUAGGAUUUUCUCUUAGCAGUUGCAUCAGUUGAAGACACGUUCAUUUGAUAACUAGCACUCUGCAACUCCACACUCCCUUUUAGAUCCCACACUGGCAUAUCUGGGAUUACUUUGCAGCAUUUCACUUUUAAAAGGAAGCAACUUUGCUGCUCUUGCAAUGGUAGAUCUAGCUCAGACGUCUCUUUCUUGUCCUUUGAAGAAUAACCUGAGAUUCCCCAACAGGGCAGAGAACAGUCAAGUUCAGUUUGCAAUGUAGACAUUUUUGCUAAUUGUGAUGUAUGGCAGUGGGACUGAUUUGUAAUACAAAUGUUAUUUAAUCUUUGUCUCUGUAUUUUGAUACUUGAAUUAUUUCCUUUUAUUUUCUUGUACAUACAAUUGUUGAUCUGUUCAAAUUUUGUCUGAAUUUUAAACAUCUUGUGGUACCAAACGUAACCAAUCUGUGCAACAACAUAGACUGACCUCACUACAACAAGGCGAGAUUGUAAAUAUUCCUGGGCUUCCAGCAGUCGUUCUGUUGUUUUCAUAAUUGUACAACUUAGAACAGACUGAAUAAAUAAACUUAGACACACA